AUGCAGGCCAUGGCCGUGUGUGUUGGACUGCUCCUCUUCAGUGUGACCUGGGCAGCACCAGUAAAAUUUCAACCACAGACUGUGAAAACUAGGCAAGGCUGUGUAGAAAAACAGAGAGCAAACAGGAUGCUGAAUGAAGAGGAGAGCACCACCAACCAAGGCAGCGCCCAUGGAGACCUAACAGCAUCUAUGCAUCCUGAGCCCACAUGGAUUAAAGGAGCAGAGAAUGUAGAGGAUGCUCUCCUUAACCGGCCUGACCAGGAAAGGUAUGGUGCCGCUCUCGUCCGAAGUAACCCACAGCCUAUAAAGAGACCGGUGACGAGGACUGAACUACGAAGGGACAAAAACAGAGAGAAGAAACCUAAGAGUGUUCCAAGCAUGAUUCCAGCAGAUAUCAAAGAUGCUAAAGACCACUUCAAAGAUGAAGAGAAUCAACAGAGGUAUCUGCUAUCCCGGAACAGCUCAGUAAAAAGCAAACAUACCCAUCAGGUCCGACGGAGCACUCACUAUCUAACACAUCUGCCCCAAAUCAGAAAGAUCCCCGGGGACUUUGAAGGCAGUGGUUCCCCAUACACUCAAGUGAGGGGGGAUAAUGAUGUCCCUCCUUUCAGUGGGGACGGGCAACACUUCUUGGACAUUCCUGGCAAAGGAGGUGCUGUUGGGCCUGGUCUGGACAGCUCCGCUAGUCACACGGGCCUCUCGGGCUCUGACAAAGCUGAGAUUCGUAACCCGCAAACAAGUGGAUUGGGUUCUAACGAGAUCCCAGAGAGAGAGAGACACGGUGGCCAUGCCGUUGCAACCGGAGACGAAACGGCACACCGGGCAGGUGCUGCUGGUGUGAGCCUUGCGGAGGGCGGCAACGGCAUCACAGGCAGCACUAAUUUUAGGGAACUCCCUGGAAAAGAAGGAAACAGAGUUGAUGCCGGCAGCCAAAAUGCCCAUCAAGGGAAAGUCGAACUUCACUACCCGCGAGUGCCCUCCAAAGAGAAGCCGAAAGGCGGCAGCCGCGACAGCACGGGGAGCGCCAGUUACAAUGAGAUUCCCAAGCGCGGCAAAGGUAGUUCUAGGAAAGACGCCGGAGAAUCCUACAGGAACCAAGUGACCUGGACUGAAAAACAAAGAUUUCCAGGAAAAGGCAAAAGCCAGGGCCAGGUUCUUCCUUCUCACAGUCUUGGUAAUGAGAUUAAAAGCAAGGGCGAUUCCUCUAAUGCUCCCAGUAGUGAGGCGAUUAUAAUCACACACAGCAGAAAAAACCAUUAUGUACUCCAGGGACAAAAUAACUCCACACGGAAUAAAGGGAUGUCACAACGGAGAGGCGCCUGGCCGUCACGAAGGCCCCAUGCCCACAGGCGCUUUAGCCCGCGCAGAAGCGAUAGCAGUGAGUCGUCCAGUGACAGUUCAAGUGAGAGUAAUGGGGACUAG